AUGGCUCUCGCUGGACUGAAGGUUAUCGAGUUCGCUGGUCUCGCCCCGGGCCCAUUCGCUGGUCUCAUUCUGGCGGAUAAUGGCGCUUCGGUGACGCGCAUAGACCGCCCUUUCGCCGCCUCGAGCGACGUUCUGUGUCGCGGGAAGCGUUCGAUUGUCGUCGACUCCAAGGUUCCUACAGGAAGAAAGCUCCUCGAAGAGCUGAUCUGCUCCGCCGAUGUUCUAAUUGAUCCGUUUCGGCCUGGUGUAAUGGAAAAACUUGGACUUGGCCCCGAGCUAUUUCUAGGCGAUGGAGUGCGGAAAGGGCUGAAUGAGAGGCUUAUCUAUGCGCGGAUUGUCGGAUUUCCAAGAACUGGUCCUCACAAGGAUAUGGCGGGGCACGAUAUCAAUUACCUGGCCCUAAGCGGCGUGUUGGCAAUGCUGCCAGGUACCUCAGAGAAGCCAACCUUUCCUCUUAACAUCGUGGCGGACUUUGCUGGUGGAGGCGCUAUGUGUGCCCUGGGCAUCCUUCUUGCCCUUGUCGAAAGAGCAAGAACUGGUCACGGUCAAGUUGUCAACGUCGAUAUGGUCUCCGGCACACGAUACGUUUCGUCCUUCCCCCUCAUACAGUCGUAUCUGGGUACAGGCAUGCUAGGUGGCCCAAGAGGGACUAACCUUCUCGACGGCGGCGCGCCUUUCUAUACCGUGUACACCUGCAAAGACGGGGGUUGGAUGUCGGUCGGCUGCCUGGAGCCCCAGUUCUUCAAGUCUUUUAUUGAAAAUUUCAAUAAAUCUUUGCCUGAGGAUUUCAAACCCCUACAAGCCUGGAGACCAGAUGCGUCAAGCCAGUUCCAAACGGAUGAAUGGCCUAGACUCGCAGAAUACCUCAAACAGGGAUUUCUGACGCAACCACGAGACUUUUGGGCAGAUGUCUACCAUGGCACGGACGCUUGUACUGUUCCCGUCCUCACACCCGCCGAGGCAGGCAAACAGACAUCCUAUAUUCCCACAAGACACCCUCAAGUUUCUACGCCCAGCAGGGCUCACUUCGAUUCGAAGGACAUUAUCCUCGAGCCUGGCACUCAUACCGAGGAAAUCUUACGCGACUUUGGGAUCGACGCUACUCGCCUUCGUCGACUGUACGACGAAGGGGCGCUUGGAAUUUUUAGAAAACAACGGACAAGAUCAAAGAUGUAA